AUGACCAAGCGCCUGUCGCCUUCCGAUCCAAAAUGGGCACAGUAUAAGGACGCGAUCGAGAUGAUGUAUGUGUUCGAUCGCCUGUCUCAGAAGAAAAUCAGGAAAAAGCUUGGCGAAGUCGGGUUUGAAGUGAGAAAAUCGGAACUUGAGGCCCAACUAAGAUUCUGGAAAGUUCUGAGAAAUCCGGAGAGACCGGUUACUGAGGAUUUGUUCGAGUCAUCGGAACUUGCCAGGAAAUCACUGCCGGGGAACCCACUGAACCCGAAACCGCCCUGCAACACUCUCUAUGUCGGUAACCUUCCUAUCGACACUUCCGAGGAAGAGCUUAAGGCUGUGUUCGCCAAGCAAAUAGGAUAUGUGCGCCUCUGCUUCCGGACCAAGCAGCACGGCCCUAUGUGUUUUGUUCAGUUUGAGGACGUAUCUUUCGCUACAAAGGCUCUCCAUGAGCUAUACGGUUACCCUUUUGUUACGACCCGACAGGCAUGA